UCGUUUUUCCUCAACAUUCCACCUGGCUAGGACUGCACACUGCUCCGGGACUGCGGUCACGCGUUUUGCGGAAGGAAAAAGACAGUUUUUCUUGCCAACAUCGGACACCGCGACAUCACAACACGAGCCCCCCCCCCUCGGUAGAAGGAAAGAAGAAAAGUGUGGUGUGGUCUUUGGGUGAAAUUUCCUCGCGCAGUUUCUUCGGUGGCCGUGCGGAAAAGUCAGACUGGUUGGCAUCGCGAAGUCUUGACGUCUUCGACGUGUUGCAGCUUUUCUCGUGAUAAAGCGUGCGUGGGCUGACUGGAAUCCUUGGCCCGAUUUCUCUCGUCGGAGGACCGAGAAGGAAGCCAAGAGACGAGCACACUUUCACCCCUUUAUUGAUUGGUUGGCAGCCAGCCGUCGUCAUCCGUCGGAGCGAAAGCGAACGCGCAGCACCACCCCAGGCGAGAGAGCGAGAGGCGCAGAAAUCGCGAAAUCGACGCACUGCGGGCGCAGUAGCCGAACGUUGAAGUGAGACAGCACAGUAACCGCAGCCAACUAGACACGAGGACCGGAAGACCGGAAGCGGGGAAAAUAUGUCUGGCAACAACAGCAACCACGGAGGCGAAACGUUCGUGGUGCUUCCACCGUGCACGGAAUCCAACCGGAAGCAGAUUAUCUUCGGCCGAAAUGGUACCGGGCCGAGCGACCAGGUAAUGGAGGUGGUCUACCAGCCGGCCAGUGGCAGCUCAGAGGCCGUAUCCUUGCCGAAUGGUUGUGAAAUCGAAGGUGGAACCGCCGCUUACGCCGUCAUCCUCAAUAAACCGGCAGGCAGCUGGGGAGCGGAGAGUGGAUCCAACGAGAAGGCGGUUACUGUUGGACUGUCGUACUGCGGGGAUGCGGCAACAGAGGAGGGUAAAGUAUCACCCCUAGAUCUAGUGCGGCUCGGGCUGGAGCGUGGUGAUAGUGCCACCGGAACCAUUGACGCACUGGUGCAGCUCGUGGAGAAGCAUGGCUCGGACGACCGGAACGCACCGAAGGCCGCGUUUGUCGUUUGUGAUCCGGCAGCCGUCUGGUUGCUCAACGUAGCGGGACAAUUCUGGGCGGCCAGGCAGGUGCAGGAUACGAGCAUAGCGCUUGCGGCCACCGGUUUUACGAUCGGAACAGCUUUCGACCGUAGCUCGGAGGGAUUGGCUGAUAAAGCGAAGGAAGCUGGUGCAUGGGAUGGAUCAGGCGAGUUUAGCUUUAGCGUAGCGUUCGGUGGUAGCAACGAGCUGGCAACUAGAUCGUGGCCAGCGCACGAGCCCGGAGCUGAGGGAAUGUUCGGGCUGAAGCAAAUGUUUGAAUGCUUGCGAGCGGCCGCACCAUUGGCACCGGCAGUGACCGGUUCGAGCCAGGUGUCGGUACUGACCGGUGCAGGCGAACUGCCCUGCCACUGGUUCACGGCUACGCCGCAGGUGGAAGAAUCCGUUUUCAAACCAUUCAUAUUUACGACCGGGGCGAAAAUAUCUCCCCUGACGCGAGUGCCGGAGGGUGAGGCGCAGACGCUGCUCCAUCGGCUGCAUAGCAACCGCAAGUGGGAAGCCGUGGGCAGUCUGCUCAGCUCGCUCGAGGCUACGUGCGUGGAUGAGGUGAAUCGGUUCCUUAGCGAGCACUCGGGCGAACCGAGCCAGGAACUCGAUGAGCUGAUGAAAGACUGCGUCGAGGCGGAAGUGAAAUUCUAUCGCUAAAUGCGAGGAGAAUCGAGGAUCGAACGAACGCGAUCGCGUCUGCUCGUGGCACACGCUAGCACAAAACGGUGAUUGGCACGCAAUGCGCAUUUGAUUCAUGAUAUUCGAUUCAUUUUUCGAGAAGCAGAAGGUGGAGAAGGGAUGCGUCUUAAUUUCGUUCGUUCGCGAUUGUCCGUCUAGCAAAUGGAUUUCACGUUCUAUAUCCUUUCAUUAGGUCGAUGUACGAGCGCGUUCGGUUAGCAACUGCUACUAUGACUAAAAGGCCGACCGCAUACAGUGCUGCGAUACAUAGUAACUAUAGUAACCCCACGAAAGAGCUGCCAGCAAUCUUGCGUGCCCUGCGUAUCGAUGCUAUCGCUAGCCAGUGCGGGACCCUCUUUGGAUUUCCAUUGAAUGUGAUCUUUUUUGCGAUCGUAUAUAUGUGUGUGCCUUUGUUUUGUGUAUGUGUGUUGUGUGUGUAGCUUGAUCUUUUUACUACGUUUUAAUCACAUUUCGUUUACACGAUUAGUAUCCUCUCGCAAUGCAGAUCUCUUUGCGCAAACGAUCUAUCGUAUGGUCUCAUAGCGAUCUGAUGGAUCAUUUGCAUCGAUAUUAUUGCUCUCGCUUAUUUAUUUUAUAAUUAUUUUUUGUUUGUUGCUGAAAGCAUUUAUGUGAAAAUCCUCCCUAAAAUCCCCCAUGUUCUCUAGCGUCUUGAAACUGGAUCUGUAGCUUACUCUGAGGUAGUGAAGAAGCAUUACGAAUAGUAGUAGAACGAACGAAAAAGAAAAGAAUAAGCGAAAACCGAAAACGAACUGACUCCUAGGAUGGAAGGGAAGUGCGAAAUACGAGUGUCGAUAAUAAGCAAGCCAAAAGAGAUACCAUACAAAGGCAUUGCAGGCCAUGCAGGCAGGGUGUGCAUGGUUACCGUAUCUUUUUACCCAACUUCUCUAUAAGCGAUUCUUCUUGAUCGGUUAGCUUGAAGUGUGUAUAAUCUGCCUUUACGUUUUACCCUGUAUUGUGAUCUUUUCCCGAAAGUAUUCAAACGACAAGCGAAACGAUAGUAGCGAUGAGGUAGAGAGAGGGACCGUGCGUCAAGGAUCGUUUCUCGGAUACAACCCGAUAUAAUAUUACUCAUUCCAGCGAUAAGCUUACAGCAGCAAUACAUUCCUUCGAAUUCACCACACCCAGUGUGCCGUGCAGCCGCCCAAGUAACUAGGCCCCACUCCCUUCUAACAACAUCUAACAAACAGUAGGACAACAGACAGUGUCUCAGUAACCGGAACGACUGCUAGGUAACCCAUCCUAUACGUAUUAUAUUCAAGCAUUGAUUACGGCGACAGUAGCAGUGGCUUAUACAGAAAUGCAGAUUUAAUGACUAAGAACGCAAAGAGCACAAUCGGCUUCUAGACGAGGUAACGCCGUUGUCGUCAUCAUCCGGAACAAUAACUCAAACCUCAACCGGCCUGAACCCCCCGGGCCGUGUAACCGGUUUUGUGUCCCGUCAAGAAGCGUCCAAAUUGGGAAAACAAAUACCGAUGAUUGUAGCCCCGUAAACCCAUUUAUCUUAAUAAUUUAAGCCUCUGCCUGGCCGUCUUCUCAGGACGACCUACAUAGCGCUGAUGUGAUCGUGCGAAAGAGCGAGCGUCGUUUCUGCAUAUGAUGAACCAAAUAAUAAUAAUAAAUAAUAAAAAAACGAAAGUAUGUUUACCACA